AUGAAGAUAGUAGCAGUGGGGCUAGUGCUCUUGCUCGCCACCGCUGCAAAUGUGAUGAGUGAGAUUAAUCAACCUCAGUGCAUAGAGAAAGAGAAAGAGGCUCUCCUCAGCUUUAAGCUAUCUCUACAUGAUCCUGGAAAUCUUCUUUCUUCUUGGAGCAAUAAUGGCACGAACCAAAAUUGUUGCGAUUGGAGCUUCAUCACUUGUGACGACCAAACCAACCAUGUCAUUGCCCUUAAUCUUACUAAUUAUGAUCAUCAUGCCAACCCUGUGGGUGGUGAGCUUGGCUCUUCCUUGGCUGAAUUGCAGUAUUUGAGCUACUUGAACCUCUAUGGGAUGAGUUUUACUCGAAUUCCAAAGUCUAUUGGCUCUUUGACAGAGCUUACAUAUCUCGGUCUUGGAGAGAAUCCUAUCCAUGGAAUUAUUCCUCCACAGCUUGGAAAUCUCUCCAAAUUGCAAGUUCUUGAUCUAUCAAGCUCUUCUCAAAUGGUUGUUGACAAUCUUGAAUGGCUCUCCCAUUGCACUUCUUUGAUGACCAUUUUCAUAUCAAAUUGUCUGCUUCCUAAGGUAGAUACUUCCUCUCUUUCCUAUACAAAUAAUUCCUUCCUUUUUCUUAAAUCUCUUCAACUGUCUGAAAAUUCUAUACACCCUUCAACAAUUGCUUGGUUAUUAAAUUCUACUAUCAAUCUUGAGAAGCUUGUGCUCACAAAUAAUGUCAUAGAGGGAACCUUUCCAAAUUCCUUUGGACACAUAAAAUCUCUUGAAUAUAUUGACUUGUCAGGGAAUAAACUUGGAAUAAUGGGAGUACCAAAAUCCUUGAGCAACCUUACAAACCUAAAGUACUUAGAUUUGUCUCAUAACAAUCUUAAAGGAACUUUACAUGAUCUUUUAGAAAACCUAUUUGGAUCAACCAAAAGCUCUUUAGAAAAUUCGUUCAAUUCUAUAUUUGUUCUUGAUUUUUCUCACAACCUUUUAUCUGGAAGCAUUCCUGCUGAUUAUUGGGGGAAUUUUCAUUUUUUGAUUGUUCUAAAUUUAGCACACAACAUGUUGUCUGGAGAGAUCCCAAGCUCAAUUAGUAUGCCAAUCCUUCAAACUCUUCAAUUGAGCCACAAUAACCUCUCAGGAACUUUGCCUUCCUCGUUGAAAACAUGUGGUUUUUUACGAAUUCUAGAUUUAGGGUCAAACAAUUUGACAGGACCAAUACCACCAUGGAUCGGAGAAAUACCAAAAAUAUUGGUUUUACUUAGUUUGAAGUCAAACAAUUUUUAUGGAAGUAUACCAUUGAAUAUUUAUAAUAUUUCAACAAGCAAAUUUUAG